CGGCAGGGAUGAUAGGAGAACAGCUCAGGGGCUGUUUUUAUGGGCUGGGGCUCAACAGUGCGUGGUCUUCCUUCAGGAUGGUCUCACGGCCUCAUUUCUGAAUUUUUAACAGUCUUCAAUUUACAUAAGAUAAUUGAUAGAGCUGAACAUUUUUGAUAUUGAUAAUACUCUCCAGAAAAUAUGAACAGUGAAAAUGUGAAAGUGCACUCGAGAUAUUGAUACUCAUCACUCAAGACGUUUCCUCUAAGCGAAUUUUUCAAAUGAAAUUCUUGUUUCUUGACCGCCAACAACCAAAAAUAAUCGCUGAUUCAGAUUUUGGCAUCUGCUGUAUUCAAAGAAGGCGACCAAAUGCUAUGUACUCACAUUGAACCGAAAAAGAAUAUAGACUCUGGAGAAUGGAAGGAUUUCAAAAGGUUUUUUUUGAAAAAAACCUUUUGAAUUCCUAAAGUUCUUAACAAGAAGUCCUUCAAAAACAUCAGGAAAUGUCGCAAGUUCCUCUUCUACCUGCAUCCGGCAUGAAGAUGGAAUCUUCGGACUCACGGAACAUGAUAGUACUCGAGGUUGGCUUGCCUGGCGAUACCUGGAGGUAUUGUGUAGAACGACAACAACUGACUAAAAGAUCCGAAUGGUUUCGGGCCAUGCUUUUGGGUCCACUCGCUCCUGCAUUUACAGAUCCUCCACCGAUAGUUAAAUUACCACACAUAGAAAAACGAGCAUUUGACCAUUUUUUUAGUUAUCUUCGAGAUGAACCGAUAAGCUUCAACUCUGUUUCAACUGCGAGGGCUACUCUCGAUGUAGCACAUCAGUACCUCUGCCCAGAUCUUGCUCAUAUGGCUGUGAACUUUCUUCAAGACAACCUAAAACCUUCAAACGUUUUGGAAGUUUAUCACGGACUCAUGUUUUAUAUAAACGAUACAACAUUAGAUGCAGGGAGGACCCCAACAACCCCUACAGCUCCUCCGGAACCUGGAGAUGAUGCCGGUGAAAUAGCUGAUGCUUGCAACAGGCUUCUUCACUAUUGUCUAGUUGUCAUCGACUCGGAGGCAGAAGCAAUUUUUUGCCAAGAAAGUUUCGAGGAUCUACUUCCUCAAGAAGUCGCAAGUCUCACGUGCCGGGACAACUUACGGUUGAAAAAAGAAAGUUUACUUUUCUCAUCUUUGGACAGAUGGGCUGCUUCCGAAUGCAGGCGGAAAGGUGAAGAACCUACGCCCGCAAAUAAAAGAGCUGUUCUUUCGGAUGAUGUUUGGUACAACGUUCGUUAUCUGCUAAUGACUGAUAAGGAAUUUAUUCAAGGGCCUAUGGCAAGCGGUAUUCUCUCCACUGAGGAAUCAGCUUACAUUGUUUCGAGAAUUCUAGGACAUGAUCAGAGUCAACAAAAGAGAUCUAUCCUCGAUAUUGCUGACGGUCCGGUUUCAAAACUCACGGAGGUACCUCGCAUCAACUCCAUUGUGCGCAAAAAUUUUUACUCUCAGUCAACAAAGUCAGGAAAAAAAGAGCAAGAGGAUAAUCGAAGAAAUCGAAGAAAAGAAUGCGCUAUACAGGGCCAACGAGCAUGUGCGAGGAUUGGUAAUUGUUUAGUGCGUGUUUUGGCUUGUGUCUUUGAUUAAAGAUGUUUAGAUGUUACCUAGAAAAAGAGGGUCAAUGUAUAGCAAAAUUGUAAUUAGUGUUUUUUAUUUUUUUAAUUGCUCAUAAGAAUAUAUAUUCGAGUCAGUAUACUGUCGCGCAAUUUGAGAUCCAUCAACUGAUUUUCAAUUGUUUUCUAUAUAUAUAUAUAUAUAUAUAUAU